AUGCGUGUGUACACAGCAGCCCAACGCCGGACGCUGUGUAACCACUCGGCCACCACGUCUGGGCUCAUCCCGCGGCAUCGCAGGCUUCGCUCCACCAUCUGUUCCCAUCGUCCCCGUCCCGUGUCCGAGCGAAGCCUCUCUGGCAGGCGGCGACGGACCCAGGCCGGCCCAAGGGCGCCGCCUCUCAGUGGCGCGCCUAACGCCAGCCUCCGGUGGGCGGAGCCACCGCCGCGCGGCGCAAGGUGCGGCAAACACUGGGCCGGCGGUGAGCCACGCGCCCCGACACCCCCGAGUCGCCUCCGGAGUCCGUCCAUGUCUCGUCUCUGGCGACGUGAUGCCGUCGUGGCGAGACCGAGCUCGUGGCCAGGUGGCUCGAAGAGGGAGACGGUCGGCUGCCCCUCAACGAGCGUGAUGGCCGAUGAUGCAUGUGUUCGAGACCAGCCGAAUGCCGCCGUCAACUACCCAUCGAAGGGUCCUGGGCUGGUGCGGGUGCAGAUGCGGGUACGGGCACGGCGGUGUCCUGCUUUCGGCAACAAAGGCCAUUGUCCCAGACAGCAGCCACCGUGUGGAAUGUGCGUCCUGGGGAAUGCAGUGUGUGUGUGCUGGAGCAACGCGGGCGGCGGGGCUCGCUGCUGGACUGGUCCCUGA